CUAUGAUUAAUGACAUUAUUGUCCAUUGCUUGGAGGAACUUGCCUUAGACGGUGAUAUAGGUUGUAAUCUUGAUAGAUUAUGGGAAUUUGUACAGAAUUUUUUUGAUCAACGCUUAAGAGAUAGGAACGUUCACUCUAUUGAGUCCGGAUCAUCUACACAACCAUCCAAAUCAUCAAUACAAUGCUUAGAUGAUUUAUACAAAUCAUACUUUUGGUCGCAAUUUGUGAACUCUAAAGUAUUGGUUUUUUUUCUUUCAAAUGCAAACACAAAUGAUGAAUCAACUAUAGAUGUAAGAACGGAGUUGACGAGUGAAAACCUUAACAUGAAACAAGGUGAAAUUUUGUUAGAUAAACAUAAAAUUUUAAAGAUGACUCUUCAAGAUGUACAAAUUAAUUAUGGUGAUAGUUUCCGAAUAAAAACUAUACCCGAAUAUCAGAAGCGGAUAAUAUUUGGUGCUGUCGAUACGACAAGACAGAUAACACCGAUAGUCUAUACUAUAUUACAGUAUAUUGCGCGACAUCGUGCUAUUGGUGCCACUCAAGCUGAUAUGGCAAAAGAUUUACAAAUAGAUCCAAGAUCAUUCUAUCAUUAUGUAAAGACGCUUAUCAAUUUAAAGCUAAUAGUAAAAUUACCCGUCGUUACUAAAGGAAUAUAUACAAAUUUAUGCAUUCUCACGAAAUGCGCCUCUCAAAAUCCUGCAUAUUUGGGAAAAUCUGUAUAUCUACCUACAAAUAAUUCUAAUAAUUCUCGUUCAGUUCAAUCUUCUGAUUACACUUAUGAUCCAACGGACACUAUUAGCGGUGGUGUAUCUUUUAAUUCUGAACUGAUUAAAAUCAAGUUUACUGAAAUAUUAGGGAAAGCUAAGAAUCAAAUUAUGUUGGCUAAUGAUUUAAUGGUGGCAUUGUUUGGAGUAUCGACACCAACAAAAAAACAGCGUCGCUGGUUUAAUAGGACUAUUGGAACUCUAACACAUCAAGGUUAUAUCGAAAAAAUAAAUGUACCAAAAAAAGAUUCAAACAAACAAUUGGAUCGAUGUUUAAGACUCAUUACACAUUAUGAAAAAGGAAAAGAACCUGAAAUGGGAAAAUACAAUCAUAAAUCGACAAUAAGUACAUCUGAUAAAGGUCAAAGUGUAGUAGAGGAUCAUAAAAUUGGAAUUUAUGCCGAAUUACCCUUAGAUUAUCAAGUAUAUCAAUUGAUACAAGGUGCCGGUGAAUAUGGGAUUAUUGCUGGGGCCAUCAAAAAUGCUUUCGGAAAUAUGAAUCAUCGUGUUUUGACAAAAAUUCUUGAGCGAUUAGUUAAACCAACUCCACCAGGUUUAAGUCGGUUUAUUGUGAAGCGUGCUUCAGAAUUUCAAGGUCGUGAAAGAAGAUACCGUUAUUUCUCCCUUGAUGGUUAUAUAAAGUUUGCUACUUUUAAUGGAAUAGCAUUAGAUGAUGAUUUGCAACAACUUCAAGAGAAUCAAUCGUCUUCAAUGUAUAUUCAUGAUCCAUUAUGGGGUGUGGAAUUCCUUCUGGAUGAUGAAGAAGAAAAAGAUGCGGACUUUUUGCAAUCUCAGGAAUGCAGGGAUCGACGUAAAAGAAAAAAGGAAAAAUUGCGGAUGACUCAAACUAACAUUAGUCAGGCUAGUCAAUCUAGUCAAGCUAAUCAGGCUGUACCUCAAGAACCACCUAUUAAAAGAAAAAGAGGACGUCCACGAAAAAUUGUUGAUGAUAAAAAGCCUGCCGUACCUAAAGGCAAGUGUGGGAGACCGAAAGGAAGUAAAGACAAAAAACCUAGAAAACCACCACGAAAAAAAAUGCGAACCAUUCAAGAUGAUGAUGAAAAUGAACUUAACAACGUACAUUUGGAAGACGUUAAUAUAGAAUUCAAUGAUAUGCCAUCCUCUAAUGUCGAAACGACUGAUGCUCCAAAUCCUUUAUCAUUAAAUGGUUCUGAUAAUAUGGAAUUCAAUGAUCUACCAUCCUCUAACGUUGAAACGACUGAUGCUCGAAAUCCCUUAUCAUUAAAUGGUUCUGAUUGUAUGGAAUUCAAUGAUCCACCAUCCUCUAAUGUUGAAACGACUGAUGCUCCAAAUCCCUUAUCAUUAAAUGGUUCUGAUUGUAUGGAAUUCAAUGAUCCACCAUCCUCUAAUGUUAAAACGACUGAUGCUUCAAAUCCCUUAUCAUUAAAUGGUUCUGAUUGUAUGGAAUUCAAUGAUCUACCAUCCGCUAAUGUUGAAAUGAUUGAUGCUCAAAAUCCCCUACCAUUAAAUGGUUCUGAUUGUAUGGAACUUAAUAAUCUACCAUCCUCUAACGUUGAAACGACUGAUGCUCAAAAUCCCCUAUCACUAAAUGGUUCUGAUUGUAUGGAAAGUUUAUCGACUAACACCAAUGAUGAAAAUCGGACAUCGCGAGUUUCUAAAAAUGUUACUAGGAAACGGAAAAAACCUGUAUCAAAUCGUAAAUCCGAACCUGAAACUAGAAAAAAGUUUGCAAACUCUGCCUCAAUUACAGCGGCUCUAAGACAGAAUAUAAUAUUGCAAAUUUUAGAAGAACAUCAAGUUGUGGAACUCGGUACUGAACUCAUAAAACUAUAUCAACAAACAUUGCAAAAGGAACCAAAUAGUACGUCUAAUCACGUAAUUGACAAGAAAACUCUUCAACGUACUGGUUCACUAAUGGAAGAAAAAGGUCUUCUUCGAACUUAUAAUGUGAAGUUACCCUUAUUAAAUGGUAAUUAUAAUACCAAAAUCCUUUUUCUCCAUUCAAGCUUGACAUCUUCAAGCCCGAUAGUGAAAGAAUAUGUAGCAAAAAUGGAAGAUAGAGCUAUACUUGUUGGUAGAUCCCAUAAGCAAACUAAGAUUGAAGAAUUAGAUAUAGAAGUCGAACCUCUAGAGCAACUUCAAAAACGUCUUGCAGUUGAAGCUGCAGCUGAUGAAUCAAUCAAUCUACUCAGCUUGCCAGCAUCCAAUAGCCAUAAUGAACCUGAAUCUUAUGAAGCAUUAAUGUCUAAUAUGUCAUUAACUGUUGAUCCUACAACAGUCUCAUCCGAUACGCUUGAAACGCCUGACUCAACCUCAGUUAAUUCUCGUGUACAAACUUCUAAUGAAAUGUGGUGGCUUCAUACGGCACGUGGUUAUGGAUGGAUUAAUGCUAAAAUGAUUCGAGCAAAAAUAUUGCAUCAAUAUUUAAUUACUAAAAUUAUUGAUGCGUCUCCCAAUGAUUCUUGUAUUGAAAAAAAUACUAGAACAUUUCAUACAACAAUCCUUCUUCGUGAUCUUCCACUUGAGUUAUAUCUUAAAAUCAUCGGACAAUCAAUCCCGAGUCAUCGACUGACCGAAUACGUUCGUUCUGGACAAAGCCUAUCGGUGAGCGUUAUUAAACUUCCAUCAGAAUUACGUGCAGAACUUUUUUCUGGAAAUUAUAAAUUAAGACAAAAUCUAAAAAAAUUAAUCGAUAUCCUCGUAGCGUUGAAAAUUCUAAAACCAAUUAGAAAAGGUUUUAACGAACGUGGUGAUCCUGUUUUGGAAGUUGAAAAUAAGGAAUCAGAUUAUUUUGAUGAUGAAUUAGGUAGAUGGUCACCGAGUACGCCAACAUCAUGUAGUCCUCCACAAACUCUUUUAGCACCAGCGUAUCAAUUAAUGCGUCAUGUUCCAAUGAUUGACUUCUCAGUUUCAGGUCCAGAUAGACCAAUUAUCAGAGAUUAUAUGCUUGAUUCUGUUGAAGAUGUGACAAUUUAUUGGAAUGAAUUGCAAUAUGUUGCACGACAAAAAAUGGUCGAGACAGGGAAUAAAAGUAAUAAUGAACUUAGUGGUGAUGAUGAAACUCGAAAGAAAUCAGCACAAGAUGAUGAUUCUAUAGAUCCUUUAAGGUUUAUUACUUUAUCACGUAAUUGGAAUGCGGGCUAUCCUUUGACUGCUAAACAAAAAAAGAUGUUAGAACAUUAUGUAGAUCGUAGGAAAUCAAAAACUCCUUACGAAGAUGAAGCUUUAUGUAGGCAAAUUGCACAAGAAUGUAGCCUUCCAUUUACAAGAGUGAGAGUUUAUUUUAAACACAUUGAAAAUAGUUUUGAAAAGAAAAGAAAAGAUUCUAAAACGGCUAGACAGAAGGAAAGACGACGUAGGGUUGCAUCGAAGUCAAAAAAUCUUUCUGGUAUUGUUACUUCCGCUGAAGGAGAACCUUCAUUUAAACGAAGGAAGAGAGAAACAAUGGUUCAUAAAGUAGUAAGAAAAACGGGAAAUUCCGCCCAAGCAGUAUCUGGAAAUAAUGCUGGACGUAAGAGUUUGCGUGAAAAGUUUAAACAAAAAGGAAUAACAGAUACAGGAUCUAUUGCCGAAGAAGAAAAUUUACCAAUUAUUGCUGACGAAGAACGAUUUGAGACACAAUAUGAAACAUUUUCACAGCGUUCGCGUCCAAAAUGGAGUCAACACGAAGAUGAAUUGGUUAUUCAUGUAUAUGUAAUUCUCAAAGUUCGUUCACAAAAAUCGAGGUUUUUAUGGGGUGCAAUAACUAAAGUGUUACCACAUAAAACUAACGAAAUUUGCCGUCGAAGGUUAAAUGUUUUGAUUAAAAAUAUGGCAACAUUAGAAAGAGUGAAUGUAUUAUUGAGUCAAUGGCCAAGGAUGUAUGAAGCUGGAUUAAAGAAUGGGCAUAUUGUAGAUGAAGAUGAGUCAGAUAUGCUAAAUUUUGACUUACCUGGGCACUUGGACUACUUCAUGAAGGUCUUGCAGCAUCAUACAAGGCAAGUUUAUUGCAUCGCAACUAAAGAGAGUCCUGACCCAAUAAUUCCUCUUCCAUGUGACAUUAAAACAUAUGAACGUACUUUUAUCGAAAAUUACGUAUCAACAAUGCGUCACCAAAAUCUAUUUUAUGAAGAUAAACUUGGUGGUGCUUCUUUGAGGCAGAAAUUUUCAAUGCUCUAUUCACAUCCCAUGACAUGUCGGAUUUUUUACAACGAAAGUGUAGAUGAUUAUGAAAAUUCGGAUAGAAGUGAAAAUGACAUUAAUGUUCAGUGCAUCCAAGCAUUAGUUAAGAUGAUUCUUAUGACUCCGGAUGAUAAAUACGAUCCUUCGCACGCAUUCUCAAUUCUUAAUUUUUAUCCUGAUGCAAUCGUAAAAGUUGCGAUUGAAAAAUUGAAAGAUACGGGAGCUAUUGUUAAAGUGAAAGGUGGAUCGGACCGAAGAGUUCCUGGUCGAGGUUACCAAUUUUCUGACAAGUUUAUUUCGGUUAUAUCAGGAAGUUUACCUGAUCGUAUGUUUUCGCAGGCUAUAAACUGUCAUAAAAAAUUGACUAUGCCAACAGUAUUUGACCAAUUUUCGAAUAGUGGAGAUAUGGCUUGUUUAUUGGAUAAAUUCUCUGCAGGAAAGGUUAAUAAUCUGUUACAUUAUCCUUUUCCGAUCGAAGCCAAGAUUUAUUUACCACCUGCAUUAUACCAAAUCACCGAAGUAGAAAGAUUGGUAAAUCCUGCUAAACUUCAUUUUGAUGUGCUGAUUACUCCAAUUCAAAAGUCAAUUCAUAAUGAUGAAGCAAAUCACACCGUUACGAGCGAGGAAGACGAGUUUCCCCAUAAUUUAAUAAAAUCUCGAGCCAACAAUUCAUCUUCAAUUAAUACACAAGCUGAAGAACUAAUUGCCCUACAACAACUUUUUAAUGUGCAUGAUAUUAACACUAAAGAAUGUCUUAGAAAAAUCUAUAACUAUAUUCGGGAGUUUGGGAACAUCGGCACGACUUUGACAUCUCUAAUGAAAUCGGUAGAUAUUUCUGAACCAGAUUUUCCUCGUUAUAUUUCAUUAUUAGAAUCGAAUAAACCAAGCCUUAUCAAGAAAGUUGGGUACAAUUACAGUCGCUAUGUUUGUAGCAUUUAUGAGAAAAGUUGGUUAGUCAAGACGCAUCGGACUCCUAUUUAUCGUUCCAAUAAAAAGUGUAUUGACGAAUAUAUGGAUCUUGACGAUGAGAUGUCACCUUCUGAAUUAUCAUUGCAAGAUCGACGCCAAGAAACGCAAAAUUCAACAGAAUCAUUCGCCAUACCCCGGAUGUGGUAUGACAUUAAUGGCAAUUUCAUUGAUUCAGUAUUUCGUGGAUGUCUUGAGGCUGUUUUAGGAGUUAUUAUACAAAAGCCUGGAAUAUAUGAGUCAAAUAUACAUCGUAAACUCUCAUUGGUAAUGUCACGUUGUGAAAUUCAAGAUGUCCUUGAAGAAUUGGUCUACCGUCGUGCUAUUUUUAGGAGCUCCAUUAUUAAACCUCAAAAGGUCUCAUUAUUUUCGAAACGACGCGAAUUUGUUGAAUGUGGUAAGUUUAGUUACCUAUUACAUGUUACUGGACAGAGCCGGGAUAUUACAUGA